AUGUACUCUGCCAAAUGGUACAGAGCCCCCCUGGAUGACGGAUCGCUAGCAAAAGACAUCAACGGCAUGAUUGCCGUUCGUGAAGACCUACGGGAGGUUCGUACUCGUGUGGCAUAUGAUAUCAAGAAAUUGUCCAAGUUUGCUGGGGAUGGUGGAUCGGAGGAGGAGGAGACUCUUGAGAAUGACGAGCCGAACCCUUUUUACAAAUCUGGUUCUGAGCUUGGUGAUGAUGAUAUUGGUUCCGCGCAUGCCGGAUCUGAGAAUGAUGGAUCGGAGGUUGGUUCCCUCGGUGUUGGCUCUGUUGAUCUAGAUUCUGAUGUUGUUGAUUCUGUUGUUGGUUCUAAUGAUGUUGCUUCUGUUGUUGAUUCUAAUGAUGUUGAUUCUAAUGAUGUUGAUGUUGGUGAUGAUGAUGAUGAUGAUGACGAGUAA